UUAAAAUAAUCCAAACCUAAACCGCAAACUGUCGUCCUUCACCAAACGCAUUUUCUUUCAAAAUAUCGUCUCCCUCGACUUCUUCCCCCAGUUGCAGUUGUGCCGGCACCAAAACACAGCCACAGCAACACCCAACCACAGCCAUACCAACGCCCAAAGUCGUUUCUUAUUCCACUCGUUGUUUCUCCCAUCGCUCGCUGUUAACGCGGUCCUCACCCAGGCACGCUGUCCGUAGGCCUGCUGCAUUUGUCCUCGGUGCUGCUACUCGCCCUCCUUGCCGCUAGACCUCGUCAUCAGUCACGUCGCUGGUCCUCGUCAUUAGUCACGCCGCUGCUAUCCGUGGUGCUUGCCUCCAGCCGCUCCGUGAGGAGAAUCUGCAAAAUUUCAAGUGUCAUCAAACUAUGAGGUAUUCUCAAAUGGUCUGCCAGUGAUUUUAUUUCCUUAAAUCUUAAUCCUGAAUCCUGUUUAAUGCUUAUCUACAGCACUUUAAACUUUGAAAUGCAUAUUGUCAAGUCACUAUCUGUUCUCCCACCUUCCCCUUUAUACAAUUUUCUCCUCAUCCCCAGACUUUCUUUCUUUUCUUCUUUUGCUUCACUUGCCAAAAACUCAGAAGUUCCCAACCUUGCCCUUUCUGAUUACCUACAGGAAACAUUGAAAUUUUCUAAAACCCAAGCACUCUCAAUCUCCACACGCUUCUCUCACAUCAGAUCCAUUGAAAAACCUCAAUUUGUGGUUUGCUUCUUCCAAAACCUUGGUUUCUCGAAUCCUCAAAUCCAAUCUGCUGUCCAUUUAACACCACAAAUUCUCUUUGCUAACAUCGAGAAGUCGCUUAAACCAAAAAUUAAGCUUUUUCAGAAUAUAGGUCUUGUGGGCUAUGACUUGGGUAAGUUCAUUUCCAAGAAUUCCCCACUUUUAACUGCUAGUUUGGAGAGGAAGUUGGUUCCUCGUAUUGAAAUUUUGAAGGAACUUCUGUUGAAUGAUGAGAAAAAUGAGGAUUUGGUGAAGGUUAUAAGUAGAUGCAAUUGGAUAGUCCACAGAAAACCUGAAUCAAGGUUGUUAUCCAACAUAGCAUACUUGAAAAGUUGUGGUAUAGUUGGGUCACAGCUCUCAAUGUUGUUAAGGAGGCAGCCUAGGCUUUUUGUUUUGCAAGAGUCAAUGCUUGAAGGUCUUGUUUCUCGAGUAUUGAAUAUGGGAUUCUCAGUCAAUUCAAGGAUGUUUGUUCAUGCUUUAUAUACUGUAAGUUGCUUGAGUGAUGAGACAUUUGAGAGAAAAUUUGGAAUUUUAAAGAGUUUUGGGUUUUCAGAGUAUGAAUGCACAUUAAUGUUUAGAAAGGCACCAGGUUUGCUAAGGACCUCUAAGGAGAAACUGAAGUUGGGAAUGGAUUUCUUUUUGAAUAUAGCAAAGUUUAAAAAAGAGGUGUUACUUCACAAUCCUACAUUUGUGAUGCAUAGCAUGGAAGAAAGAGUGAUUCCGAGAUACAAAGUUUUGCAGAUUAUGAAGUCAAAGAAGUUAUUUAAGAAGGAGCCAAGUUUUAUUAAUAUGUUGACUUUAACAGAGGAGGAGUUCUUACAGAAAUUUAUAUCAAGGUUCCCAGAUGAUGCGCUGGAACUGUUGAUAGCUUACAAAGGUAAUUGUCUGGAUUCAUCUUCCGAAGGAGAAAGAUCUUGAUACGAGUAAGUUUUCAGUCUUUUUACUCUUUCCCCAACCUCUCUUCCACUGUCAUUCUCUUAUCCGUAACAAACCCUAAUCAGUCUCUUCAUGAAUCUAAAGUCGACCCAUGAAUCUAACUUCGUUUACCUCAGUCUAAUUUUCUUAGGAAAAUUAUGUUCGUUUGAGUUUUGAUUAUUAUUUUUUACUUAAAGAAACAUAGGCAGGCAUCUUCUUUAUCCUGUGAUUUCCAUUGUAUGCAAGUUCAUUUUUAUUCCUGAUGAUUUGUUUAUCUUAACAGCUUGUAGAGACUUAAUUUGCAUAUUCUUGUGCAAAAUCUGCAUUUCUGUUCUCCAGUUACCCCUCUUUCUGUCUGUCUAUCUCAUAUUUUCUCUUUAAUCUCAGAAAUCUGGGCCUUAUUAUUUUGAGAAUUACUUUCCAAAAUUGAAGUGUCUUUUCAAUUUUUUUACAAAGUUGUGUCAUGCAAAACUCAACUCAUAUGGCUUGGACAUGCAGCUAAAGAAAUCACUUCCUUGGUGCUUGGACAUUCUAAUGGAUGCUUUGGAUCUAUUGGAAUUAGGUGGUUCAAAUCAGAAAAUGGUUGGGAAAGAUUUAUUUAUUUUUUUUAAUUUGGAAAAUCAGGAAGUGGUUAAUUUUAUUCUUUACUCUUGAGUGAGAAUUUGUGAAUUGUAUGUUUAUUUAUCAAAGGAAGAUAGGACGAAAGUUUUGGUUGUUUCUGAAUUCUGAGCAAGAAAACUGAAAAUGGGGAAUCUUAAUUUAAAUUUCAUUUCUUCUAUACUUAUAGAUAUGCUCAUCUCGCACUAUCUCUACAUGCAAAACUAAAAUAAACUUUGCAUAUUUUGCUUGCAUGACUAAGAUUUUUAUAGCAGGAGAACAUGUUUACAUAUUAAUUUCUGAUUUGUUUUUAACAGACACGUUCUAUUGAAUUUUCUUCAGCAAAGGUAGGGAUUAUUGAUAUUUGUUGGGGAAAAGUAUAAGCUUUAUUUAUAUUAUCUUUGAAGUUUUGGAGCAUUUAACAAAUUAUUAUGGAAGUUGUUUCUUUUGGAUCUCUCUUUGUCAAAUUAAUCUCAGCAAUGAUGUAUGUAUAGGCAUCGCAGUUUAGAAAAUACCUUAUUCUCUUCUGCAAUCCUCUAGAUAGGGCUGUUCAAAAAUUGGAUUAAACUCAAACCAACCGACUUGAUCCAUACUGACUCAAUAUUUUGGUUUCAUUCACAGGAUUGGUCGGGUUGGCUUGGUUACUUAAAAAUCUCCCUUUUUUUGUCUGGUCUUCAAAUUAUCAAGCUUUUGCCAACAACCUCUAUGUCAUUCUCCCAAUUUUCAUCU